CUUAUACCUCCUUUUUUCUCUCAGUCUUUCCUUUUUCAAGGUUUUCAGUUAAUCAAUUCCACAUCUCCUAUAUAUACACACGCCCCUCUGACCUCCCCUGUUGUCCUCAUGUUCCUUAAUAUUAUAGCAGCACCAAGAACAAGUAUAUAAAUUAAGGAGGAGAUAUAGAUAGACUAAAGGGAAACCCAUUUGAGUUUUUGGAUUUUCAGAAAAGGGUUUGUUUUGGUUUUGAUUUUUAGUUUCCGGGAUCAUCUGGUUUUUCUGGGUGCUUGUGGCUUUCUGUUUCAUGGCUAUACAGGCGCAGUUGUAUUCGGAUAAUUUUGGGUUACCCUUGUGCGGCGGCUCGUCGGAGUGGAUAGACAAUGGCUUUGGUGGGUUUAAUCCGUUCUCCUUCAAUUUCCAGCCGCAGAAGCAACAACAGUUCCAAGAGCGUGAACGGAUGUUACAGUGCCUACAACAUCAGCAGCAGACGAAUCAAACUCUGUUUUUCGAUUCGGGUUCUACUUUGAGGAACACAAAUUCCACCAUAGUCGUCAAUAAUGUAGAAAUAGUGGGGUGUUUUGAGAAGCAGAAACAGGAGAUCGAUUACUAUAUCAGAUCACAGGUAAGAAUUUGUACUAUUCUUCUUUUUCAAUUGUAAUUGGGAUCUCUUUUUUUUUUGUGUACUUUGAAUACUAAAAUUAUCAAAUUACCUUUCAUGUUUAUUCAUGAAUGAUGUUUUGAUAAUUUUAUUUUCCAAAUUGCACAAUAAAAGUGCAACUUAUAU